AACUUCGACACGUACGACAACAUCGAGAUCGAGCUGAGCGGCGAAGGCAGCAGCCAGAUCGAGAUUCGGGACUACUUCAUGGACUACGCGAAAGACAUUUCGCCGCUGCUCUUGAAGAACAUCGAGCGCGUGAACUACGACAAGCUGACGCCCGUGCAGCGUUACGCAAUUCCCGUGCUGCUCACGGGCCGCGACUUGAUGGCCUGCGCGCAGACGGGCAGCGGCAAGACCGCCGCGUUUUUGUUUCCGAUCAUCGCAAACAUGCUCGCAAUGACGCCGCCCGAGCGCGCGAUCUUCGACGCGCGGCUCGGCGAGCCGGUCGCGCUGAUCAUAGCGCCGACCCGCGAGCUGACCGUACAGAUCGCCGGCGAGUCGCGCAAGUUCGCGUUCGGCACCGGCAUCGCGACCGUCGUCAUUUACGGCGGCAGCGACAUCAUGGAACAGGCGCGCGAGGUGAACCGCGGCUGCGACAUUUGCGUCGGCACUCCGGGCCGGCUGAUCGACCUCUUCACGCGCUCGCGGAUCUCGUUCAUCUCUGUGCGCAUCCUCGUGCUCGACGAAGCCGACCGCAUGCUCGACAUGGGCUUCAUCCCGCAGAUUUCGCGCAUCAUUCACGAGUUCGACAUGCCUUGCGAGAACCGCCAGACCAUGAUGUUUAGCGCCACAUUUCCAAAGGAAAUUCAGCGGCUGGCUAGCAAGUUCAUGCAGAACUACCUGUACCUGGCCACGCUGCUGAAAGAUUCGUGCGGCAAAACGCUGGUGUUCGUGGAGACGAAGGCGAAGGCCGAUUCGCUCGAGUACUUUCUGAACAACAACCACAUCAACGCGAUUAGCAUCCACGGCGACAAGACGCAGCAGGAGCGCAACUACUCGCUCGAAGCGUUCGUGCGCGGCCGCAACGAGGUGCUUGUCGCGACCGAUGUCGCGAGCCGCGGCCUGGACAUUCACUCGAUCACGCGUGUCAUCAACUAUGACCUUCCGAACAACAUCGACGACUACGUGCACCGCAUCGGUCGCACCGGCCGCGCCGGCAACGCCGGCCAAGCGCUAUCGUUUGUGCACGAGGGCAACCGCAUCAUUCUGCGCCCGCUCAUCAACUUGCUGGAAGAGUCGAAGCAGGAAAUCCCGGCGUGGCUCAAGCAGAUGAUCUGGAUGCUGCGUCCGUUCAGCGUCGCGGCGGAUACGCAGCGCAUCACGCAGACGCGCUUGCGCAAGUUCGACCCGGAGCUGCACCAGCUGAUCGGCAGAGAGUUCGAACGGCAGAGCAGCGAGAUUUCACUCAUUGCCAGCGAAAACUACGUGCCCGCGUACUGCAGCGGCGCGCUGAGCUCUUGUCUCGCGAACAAGUACUCGGAGGGCGUGCCCGGCGCGCGUUACUACGACGGUAACCAGUUUAUUGACGAGAUCGAGCGACUCGCGAUGCGCCGCGCGCUGCGCGCGUUCCGGCUGAGCCCGACGGAGUGGCACCCGCGACUGAUCAUUGCGGGCGCUUCCGCGUAUUCGCGGCUGUACGACUACGCGCGGUUUCGUGCGGUGGCUGACAAAGUCGGCGCGUACUUGCUGGCGGACAUCGCGCACGUCGCCGGGCCGAUCGCCGCGGGCGUGAUCCCGUCGCCGUUCCCGUUCUGCGACUUCGUCACGACGACCACGCACAAAACGCUGCGCGGCCCGCGCGGCGCGCUGAUCUUCUGCCGUAAGCCGUUCGCGCAGCAGCUGGACAAGGCGGUGUUCCCGGCGACGCAGGGCGGCCCGCACAACCACGUAAUCGCGGCCGUGGCGGCAGCGCUGAAGGCCGCGGCGGAGCCGGAGUUCCGUGCGUACCAGCAACGCGUGCUCGACAACAUGCAAUCCAUGGUGGCGCGGCUACAGCAGCGCGGUUACCGCAUUGUUUCCGGCGGCUCAGACAACCACCUCGCGAUCGUCGACCUGCGCGACUUGGAAUUGAGCGGCAGCGAAGCGUCGCGCGCUUUGGCUGAGGUGGGCAUCAUCUGCAACAUGAACACGACGUUGCGCGACAGCAGCGCGAAGCGCCCGUCGGGCGUGCGCGUCGGCACGCCUGCCAUGACCACG